CAAACUUUGUUGCUUGGAUUUGACUACUUAAAGCACAUAUUGUUAUCUGUGCAAUGACUUGCCAUGCCUGAGGAAUGGGUGCCCUUUUCAUGCUGUUUUUUCCACCUUUGACUGUGACCAGCAUCGUAUCGCGGCCAUGUCCCGACUUCUUCACCCAGACGAGUACGAGUUAGAUUUGCGGUCCUCCAUCGACUCUCAAGGCACUUUCAACCUUGACGAAGCCGAUUUCGAGUCACAAUCCAUACCUAGCCGCAGCAAGCUACUCCAUCGGGCACCCUUAAUAUCGCGUAUAUUCGGCUCGAAUGCCUCCGGAUACCGUCGCCUGGAUCCCUCCAAACCUUUCAUAAGAGCUUCGAGACGGUCGAACUGCCACCGCCGUUGCCUAAGUCGCCGCGCAUGCUUUUACCUCCAGAGCUUCUUUGGUGUCUUAUUCGCCCUCGUUCUCUUAACAACGGCCUUUUUCCCGUCAUACUCUCGGCCGCCGCCGCAUUAUGAUGCUCUCCGAGACGCUGUCAACAACUCGCCUGCUCCUGGUCGGGGCAAUCCUCGCAACCAAAAGAUUUUUAUUGCAGCUAGUCUAUACGACCGCGGUGGCGACAUAGCGGGCGGACAGUGGGGGAAGGAUGUCCUCAGGCUGAUUGAUCUGCUCGGCGAGAAGAAUGUGUUCUUGAGCAUCUACGAGAACGAUAGCGGGCCAGCAGGCGCAGGCGCAUUGCUGGACCUUGAAGCUCAGGUGCCUUGCAAUAAGUCGAUAGUCUUCGAGGACACUUUGGACUUGGAUAGCUUGCCAUCGGUGACCUUCCCUGGUGGUUCGAAACGAAUACGACGUAUAGAAUAUCUAGCCGAGGUCAGGAACAGGGCAUUACGGCCCUUGGGCGCGCACCCGGAGGUCGUAUUCGACAAGCUACUAUAUCUAAAUGACAUCGUUUUUGACCCCAUAGAUGCAGUCCAGCUAUUGUUUUCCACGCAUGUUGAUGAUAACGGAAUCGCCCAAUACCGCGCUGCCUGUGCUGUCGACUUCAUCAACCCGUUCAAAUUCUAUGAUACCUACGCCACGCGCGACCUCCAGGGGUAUGGAAUGGGUCUGCCCUUCUUUCCCUGGUUCUCUACUGCGGGCAAUGGGCUGAGUCGCAAGGAUGUUUUGUCCGGAACGGAUUCUGUUCGGGUCCGCAGUUGUUGGGGAGGGAUGGUUGCAUUCGAUGCUCAGUAUUUUCAAUUUCAGACAGCAGGGCCCGCACGGAACGAGACUCUACGGUUUCGCGCGUCCGAUGAUGCACACUGGGAAGGUUCUGAAUGCUGUCUCAUUCAUGCAGACCUUCAAGAUGUUCCGAUUGAUCCUGAGGAGAUUACGGAUACGGGGAUCUACAUGAACCCAUUUGUGCGAGUGGCAUACGACAGCAGUACACUCUCGUGGCUAAGGCUGACCCGUCGACCCGAAAGGUUGUACAGCUUUAUUCACAAAUUCUUAAACCCCCUGGUUGGCUUACCCCGUUUCAAUCCCCGGAGGACUGAAGUCCUUGGUCAGCGUGUCACAGAGACCGUUUGGAUCCCGGAUGGGAACAACGAUGGAGGCGGUUCAUUCCAGGAAGCAAAAAGGAUUGCGUCCAAUGAUGGCUUCUGCGGACGGCCGGGGCUUCAGGUAAUUGUCGAGAACCGUAAGGAGGGUCAAGCAGGCUGGGAGUCUAUCCCGAUCCCAAAUUAAUGCGUAGUUGAGUGAGGACAGACUCUAUGUAUACCACUGUACAUUUGUAUUUAAAAUAUUUGAUCAUGAAAGGCUGUAUCAUGACCUUGUAGUGGAGGCAUUCUUGGAAGACGAACAUACCGA